CUUCUCUCGCGAUAAGUUACCAUAUCUCUAGCUUGAUUACGUACAAGAACCUGAACUCUGCUGGCUUUGAGAAGCACGUUACCUGGUAAAAUGAGUGUAACACUCACAAAGGGGGCAGUUGAAGCCCUGGUAAAUGGCUCACAGGUGAACAAUGCCGUGCUGCAGAUAAUUAACAUCCGUAAGGUCUCUGCUGACUCUGGUCCACUCAGGUACAGGCUAAGGUUGAGUGAUGGUCUGCACACUUGGUCUUCCUUCAUACUGGCUACACAGUUAAACACUCUGACAGAAGACAAACUGGUACCUAACAGUGUGUUUCUGGUGAAGAAGUCCGUCAACAAUAAAUUGUCGGAUGGCAGGCUUGUGGUGAUUUUGUUGGACAUGGAGUUUUUGCAGUCUGCCGAGGAAACUGGAGGGAAGAUUGGAGAUCCCACUCCAUAUGAACCAGUUGUUGGGACAUCAUCUUCACAGUCUGCCCCAAGCACCUCUGUCCCGGCUUCUUCUCCACUUGCAUCAGAACCUGGACCCUCUAAUUGGAACAAAAGCAACGUUUCUUCUCCAGGAGGACGGGAAGCGUCACCAUCUCAGUUUUCUCCCAUGAAGGCGUCACCAUCUAAGUUUUCUCCCAUGAAGGCGUCACCAUCUAAGUUUUCUCCCAUGAAGGCGUCACCAUCUCAGUUUUCUCCCAUGAAGGCGUCACCAUCCAAGUUUUCACCAACGAAAGCCUCACCCAUGAAAACGUCCCCCAUGAAGUUUUCACCCACGAAGGGUGGCAGCGGUUCUCCAGGUUCUUCAACAAAAGUGCUUCCAAUAGCAAGCCUCAACCCUUACCAAAGCAAAUGGACCAUCAGAGCCCGAGUCACCAACAAGUCCACUGUCCGCACCUGGAGUAACUCUCGAGGAGAUGGAAGGCUCUUCUCCUUUGAUGUUCUGGAUGAGAGUGGCGAAAUCAAGAUCACAGCGUUCAACAAGGAAGUGGACAAGUUUUUCUCUCUAGUGGAGCAAGGCAAGGUGUACUACAUCUCUAAGGCUACGCUGAAGGUGGCCAACAAACAGUUCACCACACUGAAGAACAACUACGAGAUGACCCUGCAUGCUCACUCAUCCGUCAUGCCAUGUGAUGACAGUCAGGGCAUCCCUACAGUGAGCUGUGCCUUUGUGCCCAUUGCAGAGCUGGAGAACAGAGAUACCGACACCAUCGUGGAUGUAAUUGGAGUGUGCAAGAGUGCCGAUGAUGUAUCCCGUAUCACCACAAAGACCAGCAGAGAAGUCUCCAAGAGGACCCUCCAGCUAAUAGACACCACUGGCAAAAUGGUGACACUCACACUGUGGGGAGAGGAGGCAGAGAAGUUUGACGGCGCUGUAGACCCUGUGGUGGCCGUCAAAGGAGCUCGCCUGUCGGAUUUUGGGGGCAGAUCUCUCUCAGCUUUGUUCAGUUCAACAGUCAUGGUCAACCCUGACUUACCCGAGGCUUUUAGUCUGCGGGCCUGGUACGACCAGGGAGGCUAUGCGCUCGACAGCCAAUCCCUCACAGAGACGAGGGCAGCGGGCAGCAGAGCAAAGACCAACUGGAAAACGCUGAGCGAAGUUAAGAAUGAAGACCUGGGACAUGGAGAGAAGCCUUCUAGCGCUCCAAUCUGCCCAUGUCUGCAAAACAUGAUGAGGCAGGCAUGCGGGCGGAAGCAUGGGAGAGCAAUGUUGACGGGGAGAGGGCUGUUGCUUAAGGGAGACAUUCUCCUAAUUAAAGAAACCUUCUUAGCCAACUACUUCAGCUGCCUGGCGACGAUACUGUACACUCGUAAGGAUAAUUGUCUGUACCAGGCCUGUCCCACUGAAGACUGCAAAAAGAAGGUCAUCGACCAACAGAACGGAAUGUACCGCUGCGAGAAGUGUGACCGAGAGUUCCCCAACUUCAAAUACAUACUCCUACUUAUUGCCAACUUAGCAGACUUCGGGGAUAACCAGUGGGUGACAUGCUUCCAGGAGACAGCUGAGGCCCUGUUAGGUCACAGUGCAGAAACACUGGGACAGCUCAGAGACACAGAUGAGGCUGCAUUCGAUGAAGUCUUUCAGAAAGUCAACUUUACAACCCACAUCUUCAGAAACCGAGUCAAGCUGGAGACGUACAACGAUGAGAGUCGAGUGAAGGUGACGGUGAUGGAGGUGCAGCCGGUGGACCACAGGGAGUACAGCCGGAGACUCCUCAGCAACAUCCGCAAAUUGGCCAGCUGAAAUCGGUCCCAGUCAUCCAAAAAGCUGCCCGGUGAUUAAACGCAUCUUCCACCGGUCUCUGACUGGUGUCCGACUGUCCCCUCCAGCGAGAUAACAGCAUAUCUGACAGCGACAGCAGAGGGGCGGCUGGUGAUUCAUCGCAUUAAAUGGCAGCCAAACAAAAGACUGAUAUUUAGUUGCUCACUUCCCUCAGCGAGCCAUUUGUGAAACACUGCGAAUGGCAUGGGAACGACUUUUACCUUUUUGUAGUUAGUGACAUUUUAACAAAGAGCUCUGACUGUGAUAGUGCAUAACUGUGUUCUAGACCUGCUUACAUUUGAUCCUGUUGCAUAUGUAGCAUACAUGGUAAGAUCAAAGGGGUUUCUCUUUUUCAUACAAGUGAUUCAUCUCUCUGGUUUGAAAUCUGUGGUGGGGGUGCUCCGUGUAAGUGAGAUGCAGAUGAGUCAGGUUUUAUUUAAUUUUUAUUGUUCCGUUUUAAAGCAUGGCCAAAGUGUGUGGGAGACUCGCAUGUUGGCAUUUGUUUUAACUUACAGCUUGUACUUCUUGUUAAAAUCAUCCUUAUAAGUUUAAGAAAAGAGUUGGUUUUUGUUCUUCACAUCCAAGCUAUGCCAAAAAAAGCUAUUAAAAAGAUUUCAAAAUAA